CCAACUUCUCGCUAUCAAUAACUCUUAAAUUGUCACGUUUGAAAGAAAAUCUGCUUUUUUGCACCUUUGAAUCUCUUUGGUGUUCUCAUCCUCUCCUCAUGCUGCCAAAUUCGUUUCUUGCCGUGUAAAAUGAAAAUUGUGUGUUUCUGCUAAGAAAGUUCUGCUGGUCAUUGAAUGAAGAGGUGAAGUAUAGUUCUUCAAUGGAGCCCUCGCAAAGUUCAAAGAAGUUGCGCCCUGGUCCAAGAGCUACACCCCGUCCAAGGAAAGAAUCAUCUAGUGCAGCGUCCAACAAGCUACCAGUUCUAAAACAAUUAAACAGAUACAACGAUACAGAAUCUCAAGAAACAGAAUGUUUGCUAUGCAGUGAAUGCUUCUCUCUACCUAAAAAUAUCGAUACUUUUCUGACACAUCUACUGUCUUCUCAUCAUCUCGUGAUUGCUGAUACCCACUGUAUAGCUGAUUUUAAAAGCUAUAUUGAUUAUUGGCGACCUAAGAUUAGUUUGGCCAAUUUAAACGAAGUGUGCACUGUCAUGCAUGCUCCUGUGAAGGAACUGGGUACAAAUCACCACGUAGAAGGAGAACAGCAAGAAUUCUUCCUGCUAUCUGACAUCCUUCCAGAAGAUUGUGCCUUACGUCGGAGCUAUCAGCAACAAAGACUGGAGUGGAUUCUUCAAAGGCAGCAAUUUGAAAGGGAAGAUACUAAUUUUAAAAGAGGUUGUCUGAUUUGUCGGACUCAAAUGUCUGGUACGAGAGCUACCUAUCUGCAACAUUUAGGUGAUGCUCAUAACAUACAACUAGGACGGGCUGACAAUCUAGUGUUUGUAGAUGAGCUCAUUGAUCAGAUUGAACAAUACUUAGAGAAAUUUCAGUGCAUAUAUUGUGAAAAGUUCUUCACUGAUAGGCUUGUCCUCCGAGAGCACAUGCGUAAAAAAAUGCACAAGCGAAUUAAUCCAGGCAACCAUCUGUUUGACCAAUAUUACGCUGUUAACUACCUAGAAAUGGGAAAAAAUUGGCAACAAGUUGCAGACGAGAAAGAGGGUCCUGAGUUGGGAGGGUACACAUCUGGCAGCGAGGCUGCGGAUGGGGAUGUGGCAGAUUGGGGUGACUGGAAUGAAGCAACCACCAUGACAGUAACUUGCCUAUUUUGUGAGACACAAUGUGACCAAUGGGAAAUUGCUAUUCAACAUUUGAAACAAGAGCACAAGUUUGAUUUUCACUCUGUAGUGGGCCAGUUGGAUUUUUAUCAAAAAGUCAAAUUGGUAAAUUACAUUCGAAAUCAAGUGGAGAACAAAACGUGCAUAGUUUGUGAAGAAAAGUUUGCCAAUGGAGUUGAUUUGCUGAUUCACAUGGAUAACAGUAAUCACAACAAAUUACCAGACAAAGACCUUUGGGACCGUGCGGAGUAUUAUUUCCCUACGAAAGAAGAUGAUGGAUUUCUUUGCCAACUCGAUGAUGGGAGAGCAGACGAUGAGGGAACACCAGAUUGUGUCACAGGGGAGGAUCCAGAUACUCAGCUGCAAGAGGCAUUAGUGGGAGGUCGGUUGUCGGAAGUUAUUGAAUUAAAAGCAGAACUUAGUCAGCCACUUCAAUUGCCAGUGAACACAAAUGCUGACAUGCAAAAGUCUGAAUCUACAAGAGUAACACACCAUGUCAAAUUUCAAGAUGCUGAAGAGAAAGAGAAGUAGAUAAGGCACUAUUGUGGAUGUUUGGAUUAAUGAAGUGGAAAAUUUGCCUAAUACUGUACUGCCAACAAAGACAAUUAUCUGAGUUAAAUGAUCAUGAGUGAUAAAGUGCAUUGAAUCAUAUCAUUGUAAAUAAAAUUGUAAAGUAUAA